CAGUGUGUUUUUAAACAGCCAAGGAGAAAGUCUUAAAUAUUUAAUCAAACGCUAUUUUUUUGUUUUAAUAAGUUGUUAUCUUCAAGCGUAAGGAAAUGAGUCUGAUUCUUUCCAUUAUUUUAGUUGUUGCCGCCACUUUGGGAGCAGCUCCAUUGGCUGGCCGAAGCUCAAGUGUCCAGAAGGCCAUAAUAAUCAUCAAGUGAUUCUAAUCCUAAUGACCACAUACCGUCCGCCACGAGGAACUUCUAUCUCGAAGUCGACGACAAAUUAUUUGGCGUGUGGCACAUGUUGCCAAGCAGUGCGGGGAUCCCAAAUUCUUUCCCCAACGGCGAGAGAUCAUAUUUCAAUGAUGCACUGAAGUAUCCAGACGCAAUUAUUAUUUUAUAUCUCCAUGGGAAUGGUGGCGACAGGGCCGGUGCUGGCCGAUUGGCGCUUUACAAGCUCCUGAGGAGUCUUAACUACCAUGUGAUUGCCAUUGAUUACCGAAACUAUGGGGACUCGGACAAGAUAGCCGUCUCGGAAGAUACUGUCGUAGCGGAUGCCUUGAAGAUCUACGAGUAUAUAACUGAUAAAACGGACAGACCCGUCUUCAUUUGGGGUCAUUCCCUUGGCAGCGCCAUCGCCACGCACAUGUGCUCCGAUCUUCAACGGAUGGCAAAGCCUAGUCCGAAAGGAGUGAUCCUCGAGGCACCCUUAAACAAUAUGCAGGAGGAGUUAAAAGAAAAUGGGUUCGGAAACAUUAUGAGCUACCAUCCCUUAUAUAAAUUCGGCGUCACGGAUGCCAUGUAUGAAAAUAAAAUUCGUUUUGAGUCGGACAAGCACAUCCUGGAAUUCUCGGCUCCAGUUAUGAUUCUUCAUGCCAGAGACGACGUCGUGGUACCAUAUGAGUUGGGUCAUCGUUUGUAUACGAUCGGAAGCACUAAAAGACUUUCGGGAACUGGUCCUGUGGAGAUGCACUCAUUUGACGAAAGUCGCGAACUUGGUCAUAUGGAUAUAUACAAGGCUCCGGAGCUGAAGGACCUUGUACAAGAGUUUGUUUAUAAAUAUGAGAAAAAGAAGUUUGCCAAUAACUUUUAUAUUGGACUUUAUAAACCAUAAAGUGAAUUAAUAAAACAAGAAGUUAUAUAACAAUAUAAUUGUAUCAUACUCAUAUUGUAAAGCCUACAAGUCCUACAAGGCAAUAAAACAUAUAGUGGACAUAUCCCUCAAU